AUGUCCGCCAUUCAUCGCUUCCCCAUCCCCACCAAGAUCUACCAUGACAAUGCCUACCCGACCAUCUCGCCAACCCGACCAGAAAACUCUGCCAAGGGCAAGACAGUCGUCGUGACUGGUGGCGGCACAGGUAUCGGCGCCGAGACGGCCCGUUCCUUCGCCGCAGCCGGCGCCUCCCGCAUCCUCCUUGUCGGCCGCCGACUCGAGCCGCUCCAGGCCACAAAGACUUCCAUCGAGGCCGAGUUCCCCAGUGCUUCGGUGACGACCUUCUCGGCCGACGUGACGGACAAGGGCCAGGUGGACGCCGCGUUCGACACAUUCGCCUCCCAAAACGACAAUGUCAAGAUCGACGUGCUGAUCAGCAACGCCGGCGUCGCCGGCCCGCUCGAGGGUGUCGCGGCAGUCGACCCCACGGCCUUCCUCUCGGGCAUCCACGCCAACGUCGCGGGCGCGCUGCACGUCGCGCAGGCCUUCCUGCGCCACGCCAACCCUUCCGGGGCCGUCGUCGUCAACGUCUCGUCGCACGCCGCGCACAUGAACUUUGGCGACGCCUUUGCCUCGUACAGCGUGGGCAAGCUCGCCGCCUACCGCGUGUGGGACACGGUCGGGUUCAACCACGCGCAUGUGCGGGUGUACCACCUCCAGCCUGGCGUGGUUAACACGGACCUGAACAAGUCUGUAGGAGGAGUCGAGGCCUUGGGUUUCGAGGACCAUGUCUCCCUCCCCGCAGGCACGAUACUCUGGCUCGCGAGCCCCGAGGCCGCCUUCCUCAAGGGCAAGUACCUCUGGUCGAACUGGGACAUGGACGAGCUCAAGACGCGCGCCGAGGAAAUCGCCGCGGGCCAAGAGUUCAACAUCCAGCUCGUGGGGUGGCCGUUCAACAAGGAGUUUCAAGGGCUGCACGAGCUUGCCGACAGUGCCAACAACGCCGCAUGAGCCAUUGGCAUUGACGGAACGGGUUCAUGACUCGAGGUAUGGCU